AUGGGCGGCAGCGCGAUGAACGUCAAGACCGAGGGGCCGCCAUCUGCCAAGGCGCCUCGUCGACCAGGUGCUGCGGGAGCAGCGUCUGCAUCCACGGCGUCUCCCGCGGGGAAGACCGCCCCCAACAGGGCCGCCGAGCCCCGCCCCUACUUGACGAACAGCGGCGUGGACGCCUACAUGGAUGAGCUGACCGAGGCGCCCUCGAAGUGCGGCCGCAAUGAUUGCCCCAACACUCUUGCCAAGGCUGGUGACAACGAGGAGUUCCGCUGCAAGGAGUGGGGUAACUACAGCUUCGAGUGGAAGAAGGUCUACUUCCCUGCGGGACCCGCGUGCUGGCUCUGCGGGCCAGUGUGCAACACCUUCGCUUUCGUCGGAAACCCCGCAGCGGUCAUCGACAAGUGCAAUGAGGACCCGAGCUUUGCGGAGGUGUUUGUCGCCGCCGUGCGGUCUAGCCAGCACCGCGCCUUCUUCUACUCCAGCGACGUGUACCGCAACCAGUCGCACUUCACCAGGGUUUCGAAGCGCAAGCGUGGACUCACUGCCGCAGAGUUCGAG